AUGCUUCUCGACACCAUCGUCACCGGUCUCCUGAUGGCCGCCAGCGCGGCUGCCAUCCCCAUCGAGAACCCCAUAGAACUCAUCAAGCGCGCCCCUAGCGCAGGCGUCGUGAUCCAAAAGUGCGCCAAGUCCGGCGUCUUCGCUCUCGCCUAUGACGACGGCCCGUACCAAUACACCUCGCAGCUCGUCGACAUCCUCAACAACGGCGGCGCAAAGGCUACUUUCUUCAUGACGGGCACCCUGUACGGCUGCAUCUACAACCAGCGCACCGCCGUCAAGAAGGCCUUUGACUCCGGCCACCAGAUUGCCUCGCAUACCUGGACUCACCCUUCGACCUUUGGAAGCCUGACCACGGCGCAGCUCACGACCGAGAUGCAGAAGCUCGAGCAAGCAAUGGUCAAUAUCAUCGGCAAGAAGCCUGCCUAUAUGCGCCCGCCAUACCUCGCCACCGGCGGAUCCGUGCUCUCGACGAUGAAGACGCUGGGGUACAAGGUCAUUACGGACGACGUUGACUCGGGCGACUGGAACGGGCAGACGCCUGCGCAGAGCGAGGCCAAGUUUACCGCUGCCGGCGCGAGCGGCAACGGACAUAUUCCUCUCAUGCACGAGACCUACGCCACCACGGUGCAGACUUUGACGCCGUGGUUGAUCAACUGGGCGAAGUCGAACAACCUGAAGCUGGUUACUGUUGCUGAAUGUCUUGAUGAUGCCAGCGGCGCCUAUCAAUCCGGCUCAUUCACCGGCAACGGAGCGACUACUUGCUAG